AAGUGAUCGUUGCACAACAGUUUUGUGUUUGUACAAGUCAGUAAUGGAUAUGAGGAGAUUUGCUGUUAUGUUCUUGUGUGUAAUAUGUAAUGUAUUUAUCUUUCGUACAGAAAGCUAUGACAAUUGUCGAAAGGGUGACAACGUGUGCCAGUACUAUAAACAAAAUAGUGUCGCAAAAUGCAGAAAAUUACAUUAUAUUCCUAGUUUAAAGGAAUCUGUAUUGGCUUUGGAAAUCAGAUUAAGUUACUUACCAUAUAUCAACAGACAAACGUUUCGAAAUAUUUCAUCGAACAAAAUCAUUCGAUUAGCAUUUAAGAUGAAUAAUUCUAUUCAGGCGAUAUCAAACGAUGCCUUUUCAGAUCUUAGAUACUUGCAGACAUUAGAAGUUUCAUUUGAAAGUCAGUUAGAUGUUUUGAAUUUUAAAUCAUCAUUGGGAAGUGUGAACGUAUCAUUCUUCAACGAACUGAUUUUAGAGAGUAACAGUUGGACUUCACUACCGGGUAAUUUGCUCAAUAAUUUAAGUGGAGCUAAGUUGUCAGUAUUAUCCCUAAAUCAAAAUCAUUUUGAGGUACUAAAUGCUUCAAUAUUCAAACCAAUUAUUGGAUUGAAAAAGUUUUUUUGCGUAGAGUGCUCUGUAGCAUAUUUCAAGGUAGACGAGUUGAUCAAGGUGGAAUCAAUUGACUUGACCGGUAAUAAUAUCUUCGAAAUACCAAAUUUUUGUGAUGAUUCAGGAAACCAAAGUUUAGCUCCGGAGUUAAAAAAACUAAUACUUGUAGACAAUGCAAUAAGACUUCUUUUGUCAUCAUCAUUUAAAUGUUUAAUUAGUCUUCAAAGUUUAAUUCUCGACGGAAAUAGAAUGAAAGAGCUGAAGAAAAAUAGUUUUUCUCUCUUGCCCGAUCUGAUUAGAUUAUCUAUUACUCAUAUUCCACGAAUGAAAAAUAUUCGUCAAAAGACUUUUAACAGUUCUUCCCUCCGCAGUUUAGAACUAAGCCAUAACGGUUUUCGCUUUGAUCACGUCAACGAUUUGAAUUAUUUCCAGGGCCUUUUUGUUAACACAUACAAUUUGGAAAAAUUGGAUUUGAGUAACAAUUACUUGCCUCAUAAACCGCAACAUACUCUUGCGAUGUUUUAUCCGUUGAAACAGGUAAGAACAUUAAAUAUUGCAACUACGGGAAUUGCAACGAUACCUGAAGGACUAUUUCAAAGUAUGCCUUAUUUGCAAAAGUUAUUUCUUAUUGGCAAUAAAAUAGCAAGAUGGGAUCCAUCAACAUUUAAAAAUAUGACGAAUUUACGAAUAUUGCAUUUGGAUGGAAAUCAAAUUCACAUUAUAAACAGGACGUCAUUUCCAACCAUGUUGUUAAAUAAACUCGAAAAAUUUGAAAUUUCCAACAAUCCUUUUUGGUGUACAUGUGAUCAAAGAUGGUUUUUAGAUAGGUUGCGAUCAACCAACAUUACUAAAAAGAUGUCAAAUUGGCCUACAUAUUACUCCUGUGCAUAUCCGGAAAAUUUAAGGCAUUCAUCACUUUCGAGUUAUAGACCAACUGAUGCAGAAUGCGAAAUUAGUUAUUUUACAUCCAUUAUUAUAAUUGCUGUUUGCUCAGUUUUGAUAUUUGUAUUUUUCUCAGCGCUAAUAUUGUAUAGAUGUCACAUCAACUUGAAAAAUUUACUUUAUUAUGUCCGUGUUCAUCACCGCAUUAAAAAGGGUUAUUUAAAACUAACGUCCAGCGACGAUUUCGAUUUUGACGCUUUUGUCGUUUAUUGCGAUUCCGAUCGACAAUGGGUUCAUGGUGACUUGAUAAAAAGAUUGGAAGAUAAUGGAUUGAAAAUUUGUUUUCACCAUCGAGAUUUCGAAGUUGGAGAACCAAUAAUAAAUAAUAUUGAGAAAUUUAUGAACAAAAGUUGGAAAAUUAUCGUUGUUAUGUCCAAUGAUUUCGCCAAAAGUGAAUGGUGUCAAUGGGAAGUGAACUUAGCCCUAGAAAAAAGACGUCACCAAGGCAUGAAUGCACUCGUUUUAAUAAUGUAUCGCCAAAUUGACUCAAAACACAUGACAAGUGGACUUAGAACUCUUCUUAACACAACUCCACAUCUCAUAUUUACAGAAGGUGUCGGUGAACGUAUGUUUUGGAAUGCAAUUAUUAACGGUAUAAACAAGUCUUUGAUGUUACCACCAGCGGCCAUUUUGUGCGACAGCUAAUGACGUUAACAAAGCAAUUUGUAUUCAAACUAGGACAUGUUGGAGUUUUAUGUGAACUUUAGUUGAAACUUUUUUUUUCAAUCAUUAAUAUUGAACAUUUACAGAACCUUUACAUUUACAGAAAAGUUAAAGCGAUUUGCCGUUGUUGAUAUCCUUAUACAUGUAUAUUGGAUGAUCAUUAACCAUAAUAAUUACCCCAUUUGAAAAUGCCUGUAC